AUGGCUUUUAUGAAAAAAUAUCUCCUCCCCAUUCUGGGGAUCUUCUUGGCCUACUACUACUAUUCUGCGAAGGAAGAAUUCAGACCAGAGAUGCUUCGAGGAAAAAGAGUGAUUGUCACAGGGGCCAGCAAGGGGAUUGGAAGAGAGAUGGCCUAUCAUCUGGCGAGAAUGGGAGCCCAUGUGGUAGUGACAGCGAGGUCAGAAGAAUCUCUAAAGAAGGUGGUAUCCCACUGCCUGGAGCUUGGUGCAUCCUCUGCGCACUACGUUGCUGGCACCAUGGAGAACAUGACCUUCGCAGAGCAAUUUGUUGCCAAAGCUGGAAAACUCAUGGGGGGACUAGACAUGCUCAUUCUCAACCACAUCACCAGCAGCAACAAUCCUAUGACUGUAUUUAUUGAUGACAUUGACCACGUGCGCAAAAGCAUGGAGGUUAACUUCCUGAGUUAUGUGGUCCUGAGCGGGGCCGCCAUGCCCAUGCUGAAGCAGAGCAACGGGAGCAUUGUGGUUGUCUCCUCGAUAGCUGGGAAAAUAGCUAAUCCACUUAUUGCUGCCUAUUCUGCAAGCAAGUUUGCUCUGGAUGGGUUCUUCUCCUCUCUCAGGGUGGAAUAUGCAGUGACCAAUGUCAAUGUGUCGAUCACCCUCUGUAUCCUUGGCCUCAUAGACACAGAAACAGCCAUGACAGGAACUGCUGGGAUAUACCAUGCAGAAGCAUCUCCAAAGGAAGAAUGUGCCCUGGAGAUUAUCAAAGGGGGAGCUCUGCGCCAAAAGGAAGUGUAUUAUGACAGUUCGGUCUUGACUCCUUUCCUGCUGGGAAAUCCAGGGAGGAAGAUCAUGGAAUUUCUCUCCUUACGAAAUUAUAAUAUGGAAAUAUUUAUAAACAACUAG